AUGGCCGGGCACAAGGGAUGGCUUCCGCUCCUGGGCGCGGCGAUAGCGAUGGUUGCAGUGAUGGAGAUGAAAGUGGCCGAAGCAUCUUCGGCUACUGUCCAGUGGGUCUGUCAGGAGGAUGGGUCACUGAGCGCCAACGACCUCGAGACCUGGAGUUGUGGAUGGUACAAGAAUCAGAAUCCUUGCCAGUCUUGCACCGUCUCUGUGCAGAAAGGUGAAGGAGGCAACGACGAGGCAACGUACUCAGCAUCUCACCUGGUGGUUGUUGGUGCAGUAAGGGAAGUAAGCGGAGAGCUGGUACCUACCCAGCAAUGGAGUUGCAUGUCCUCGCGCUUCUACUUGGACUCAGGGGUCGGGGCAGGAAAAAGUCUCUGCCCUGGAUGGUACACGAUCCAAGGGUGCGAGACGCAGGCAAGCACGUUCUCAGAGAGAGUUGCGACCAUCAAGAGCACGAUAGAAGGAGUGCAUGACAUUCCAGCUAACUGCUUCGUGAACGGAGUGAGGGAUGAGUCAAGGGCAGAGUGCACGACGAACUUCCCGGCCACCAUCUUCGUGGAGCGUGCUGCUGAAAUCAACGCGAAUGGGCAUCAGAUCUACGGGAGAAAUCCUGCCACAUACGAAGAGGUCACGGUGCAAUCCUGUACGGAGCUGAUAAGCCCCAGCGCCAUGGUGGAGCACCUGGUGGGAUGCGAGGCUCAGACUGACCAGGGCGUGAUCGCUCCGAUGGGAGCUGAGUCAGUGAAGAAGGUGGCUGUGCUGGCAGACCUGACGGCCGUGUGCAGGUUCUGGUGCAAGGACAUCAAGUACGUCCCCCCGGGUCUUUACCAUCAGGCAUCAGCCACUAGAUGA